CACACACACACACACACACACUCUUCCACUGCCGCUCUGCAGACUGCGUCCCUCACCCCACACAAUCCCACCUGGGACUGGCAGCUGCCCUUCAGACCAGCCCAGAUCAUUCCUACCGACUGAGACCCCUGCUUUCCUUGUCCCAGGAAUGACCCGAUCAUUCCCAUCCUGCGCCACCCUCCCAGCUAUCUGUCCCCCUAGAGUGGCCGUGGGCAGGGAGGGAGCCGCCCCCUGCAGCAGACAUGCCUGGGGGCCCAGCCUGCUCUGACACCUCCCAUGUCACCCUGAGCAAGACGUGACCAAGUCUCAGGGUCCUUAAGUCAAGUGGGGAAAAUCACUCCGCAGUGAUGGGAAUUUAUAUGCUCAUAGAAUGGACAUGGGGGGGUCUUUUGGGGGAGGAUGAUGGAAAUGGUCUAAAAUUGGAUUGUGGGACUUCCCUGGUGUUCCAGUGGUCAAGACUGAAUGCUUCCAAUGCAGGGGGUGUGGGUUUGAUCCAUGGUUGGGGAACGAAGAUCCCACAUGCAGUGCAGCCAAAAAAAAAUUGUAUUGUGGUGAUGGUUGCACAACUUUGCAAGUUUAAAAAAAAAAAAGUACUGAAUUGAGCAACAAAAAUGAGUGAAUUAUGUGAUGUGACGAUUUUCACGUAAUGGAUGCUGAGACUCUGCUCUUACCCAUCCCAGGGACCCUGCCCAGUCGCUCCACCAGGGCUGAGCCCGACUCUGUAAGCCCCCAGGGGUGGCCUGUGACCAUUGUGUGCAGGGGCCCUGCUGGGGCUGAGGAAUUCCGUCUGGAGAGGAAGGAAGAUAGGAGUGACUUCAAGGAUGAGAAAACUGUGUUUCAAAUUGGUCCAAACCAGACAGAGGCCAGAUUCGGCAUCACCGCUGUGAAUGGAGACACUGCCCAGCAUUAUCAGUGCCUCUAUCGAAAAGGUGAUCACUGGUCUGAGCCCAGUGAGCCCCUGGAGCAGGUGGUGACAGGCCUGCCGACAGAGCAUCUUUAUAUUCUCAUUGGGGUCCCUGUGGCCUUUCUCCUUUGUCUCCUUCUCCUGGGCCUUUUCCUCCUCCAUCGUCGGCACGAGAGAACACGGGGGCCCCCAAGAAGCAAAGGUGAGGAGCAGAGGCCCCAGGAGAGGCUCAGCCCAGCUGUUGACGUCGCAGAUGGGACACCAGAUCUGGCCACUGUCGACAGACUUCCUGAGAAGAGUGGGGAAGUGGACACCUCAGCCUCUGCUGCAGGAGGUCCCCAGGAGGUGAUAUAUGCCCAGCUGGACCACCCGGCCCUCACACAGAGGGUGGGCAGAGCUGUGUCCACACUGUCCACAGAGCCCACAGCCAAGUCCAGCAUGUAUGCAGCCCUUGCCAGAAACUGACCCCAGGCCCACCUGGCCUCUGCACUAAAGACACAGGAGGGCACUCUUGCAAAAGCCUGCAGUGGACAUUUGGAAGGUUUCCCUGUGGAAUCGGCCCUUCCUGAAGUCAUCCGGUCAAUUCUCCUGCUGGCAAGAGCUGGAGUCCUGAGACCCCCAAUCAACUUCUAGGAGAUUCAUUCACCAUGUGGCCCCUCCCACAAUCAACUAGCUCCUUGGAGAGGACGUGUAGCACUUGUUUCAGAGACCCAGCUGUGGUCCCUUGGCUGUUUCCAGAGACCCAGCUAUAGUGCUUGGCUGUUUCCAGAGACCCAGCUGCAGUCUCUUGGCUGUUUCUAGAGACCCAGCUAUGGUCCUACAGUCACCCAGCUGAUUCCAGAUAUGUUCUGUGAAUCCUCCCCUGCCCCCAAAGAUCUGUUUUGUUUUCUCAGCUGAUUGUACAAGCCUUCCUAGAGUUCAGGUGUUGAUCCUGACUCUGGGCUAUACUUAUGCAGCUCAGUGCUGAUACCCUGUUUUCUGGAUCAUGCUUCGCCUUGUUCAUCAAUAAAUGUCCUCACAGGCCCAACUGCA